GGUGCGGCGGCGCCGCCCUCCUCCUGCUCCCGCCUUCUCCUCAGGUAAGGGCGGCCCGAGGCGGCGGAGCUGGAGCUGCCGUCGCUCCCCCGCCAUGGCGGCCCCAGGCGGGCUGGGCCGCUGCGUGGCCGCCUUCUGGCUGGCGCUGGCUUUCGACGCGCUGGGCCUGGCGGUGCUGCUGGCCGGCGUGUUCGCCGACGUGUUCUUCUCCGACCUGCUCAUCUACGCAGGGGGUAUCGGCAUCUUCUUCAGCCUCAUCUGGUGGGUGUUCUGGUACGCGGGCAACUUGGAGGUACCGCUGGAGGAGCUGCGGGACGACGUGGGGCUGGCGCCGCCCAAGGGUCGUGGGGACAGCUUGCUGCGGGGGCUGGUGCACGGCCUCAGCCACCGCUUCUCCUCCGCAUUUUCUUCCGCGCCGCGAUCCCGUGCUGCGGCCGCCGACCUGGAGCUGCAGUGUCCCGGGGGCCCGCGGGGCCGCCCCGCCGAGUCCGGCAGGACCUGUUGAAGACACCAUUGUGGAAGUUACUGACUCUAAAAGUGGAGGAAGUGCUGCAAAUUGUGGAAAAAUUCCCUCUUCAAUGCCAUAGGAUUCUCUCACUAUGGAAUAAUCUCUGCAACCACCAUGGACUCUAUAAAAUGGACACAUAUAGCCAUAUCUCUGCCAAACACACUUAUUUCAGUGUUGGACUGGAUAGCUUUUGUGGGUUGUUUUUUUUAACCAUUUCAUUACAUAAAUUAGG